GUACUUCACAGGCAAAACAGACUUCACAGGCCAUACUGACUUACAAAAUGGCUACCGUGAUCAGGUUGAAACGAAAAAGGAACGAAGAUCCAUUACAAGUUCUGUAUUUAGCCACCAAAAAGCGGAGAAAGAACAGCAAUGAAGACUUCUCACAGUCUAGAAAUAAGGACGAAAAUGUUUUCAAGUAUGCUGGGACUGUUGGAUCAAAAGGAGAAGGAAUUUCAAAGCAUGUUCGAGAUGCUAUUCGAAAAGAGAAACUUGAAAAAGAAUUUCGGAAAAAUCAGAUUGAUAUUGUUGGAAAUGUAAGGAGUCAGGCGCGGCAAAAUGCCACUCAGGCAUCACAGAAAAGUCGUUAUAAAGUUGUGGCAAGGCAGCGGGCUCAAGCGCUUGAUAAGCUGGAUGAUCUGUCUGAAAAAGCAUUGACUGAUGAUACAACAGCAUCAUCUAACAUUUCGGCAAAUUCCUGUGAAAAUGAUAGAGUCACAUCUCCAGUCUGUGAUAAAUAUAAGCUGUCAAACAAUAAUGAUAAAGAAAAUAGUGACAUUGGCAGCAGUUGUGCCCGUAAAAAUGUUGGAAAACGUGAACAAUGCUCAAAAAUUGUCAGUGAAACUAAGAAAAACACUUGUGAUAGUGCUAUUCCUGAAAAUGGGGCACAUAGUAGAAAUCAAGAUAGUGGCAUGUUAGAGUCCUUAGAAAAUGGUGAUCCGUGUGAAAAAGUUUAUAAUCUUGUUGAUGUUGUAGCAGAUGUUGCAGAAAACAGAAUGUCGUCUGCAGCCAGUUCAUCAGAACAGAUAACUUGCAACUCAGAGCCACUGGUACGGGAAACUGUGGCAGUCUCCCAUGAAGAUGAUGACUAUGUAUAUGACAUCUACUAUACCAACAGUCGUGACUUUGACUUCAGGCAGUUUGAACGGGACCUGACUUUUGAAGCGUUCAACAAUGACUUCAUGAAUGAGCGUGAAAGUGACGAGGUGGAAGAUGAAUUCGUGUAUGGCGAUGACGAUGAUGAUGAAAAUGAGGAAAGUAACUGGAGGAAUGAUUAUCCGGAGGUUGACCCCAGAUAUAUUGAGAAUGAGGCUGCAAACUGUGAUUAUGGGGAAGGUCUGGAUGAGAAUUUGGCAUUCGAAUCUGAAACAGGAGGUCAGCUUGCAGAGUGGAUGUCAUGGCGGUGUAACAUAGUGUAUUUGACAUGACGCCUUAUCAGUGAUCGCUCCGCCCACUUCAUCACGUGGCUCAGCGGGAAGAAAAAUUUAGACAAGCUAACACCAAAAUUGCUUCUUUGCCUAUAGACUGCAUAUAGAUUUAUGCGAUAUUCCGGAUGAUUUUAUGGACUUGUUUAACACCAUAUUACACUUGUAAAGGGGUUGAUGCCAUUUAGUUAUUAUAGCAAAUGCAAAAAAUAUACGAUUAAGACAACAUCAGCUAUUUAUAACGGGUAAAUCGGUACAUUAAACACGCUCUCAAACGCUUGCGCGCUUACCGAAAUCGAACCCGUUAUUACUUUGAUUAAGUUCGAAACUGGGUCAUGCUGGGUCAAAAACUAGGUUACUAGGUCAAAGAAAAGAAAAACCUUGUAAACACUGUAGAAGUCACAUUUCAUGCCCAAUCUUCAUGCAACUUUGUCAAAAUGUUUGUCUUAAUGAUAUGUUGGUUGAGUUUUAAAGUAGUUCCGGUCCGUUAAAAAACAUGGCCGCCAAUGGGCGGGGCAGUAUUGCUUAUUUGGCUAUAGAGAAACUUGUAAACACUCUAGAGGCUACAUUUUUUUGUCAGAUUUCAUGAAACUUGGUCAGAAGAUUUGUCACAAUGAUUUCUCGAUUGAGUUUAAAACUGUUUCAUGCUGGGUCAAAAACUAUAGGUCUCUAGAUAAAAAAAAAGAAAAACCUUGUAACGACUGUAGAAGUCACAUUUUAUGCCCAAUCUUUAUGUAACUUUGUCAAAAUAUUUGUCUUAAUGAUAUGUUGGUUGAGUUCAAAAGUGGUUCCGGUCCGUUGAAAAACAUGGUCGCCAGUAGGCGGGGGCAGUAUUCCUUAUUUGGCUAUAGAGAAACCUUGUAAACACUCUAGAGGCCACAUUUCUAGGUCCGAAUCUUGCAAAAACCUUGUAAACACAUGUAGAAUGCGCAUUACUUGCAAAUGUUUGUACUGCUAAAAACCCAUGCAAAUGGACAGUACUCAAUCAGAAUUAAUUAUAUGCUCACACUGCAAAAUAUAACAGAAGAGAACCGAUCUAAUAUGCUCUAUAGAGUACUGAAUUUUCAACUACCGGUAAACAAUGAUCAAGGCCUUGUGAAAAAAGGUGAGCGAACAAGGGCCAUCUUUGCCCUCUUGUCUUGAACUGUGUAAAAUUUGUAAACAAUCUAAUACAUUAUCUUGUACAGUGUAUUAUUGGUAGGCAAUCUAAUACAUUAUCUUGUACAGUGUAAAAUUGGUAGGCAAUGUAAUAAAUUAUCUUGUACGUUGUUACAUUGGUAGACAAUCUCAUAAAUUAUCUUGUACAUUGUAUUAUUGGUAGGCAAUCUAAUACAUUAUGUUGUACUGUGUAAAAUUGGUAGGAAUCUAAUUAAUUAUCUUGUACAGUGUAAUAUUGGCAGGCAAUCAAAUAAAUUAUCUUGUAUCAGUGUAAUAUUUUAAGCCUAUCCAAUACAUGAUCUUGUAUAGUGUUUUUAUCAUAUAGGGUAUUACCUCCAGUAUGUAGUUAAGGGGUGUAUACUUGAAUCACAAUUGACAUCUGUUUGUCUGUAAAACAAAACUUGCCUGGAGGCUUCUCCAUACGAUUUUUUGCAUGCACUAUUCAGGCUUUUUUCCCUAUGAUUUGCAGUUUAACAUGUGGGUUUUUAUCAGCCUUUAAAUAUUACAAAAACAGGCCAAUUUUUUAAGUUAAAUAUUCGAUAAAAUUAUGCCCUUUGUUUAUUUUUAAAUUAAAAUUUAGCCUGAAGUGUACAUACAAAAUUACAGAAGAUUUGCAGUUCACAAGAACUUGAACUCUUGCUUCCGUAUUUUGCAGUUAUUGCUUUUUGUGUAUUUAUGAUAUUUAGUAUCUUAAAACCUAAAAGAUGUAUCAACUAGAGACCUAAUAGCAAGGUUCACCAAUUAAGAGAAUGUGAAAUGCAAAAGAUCCAUAACUCCAUACAUGCUUAAGAGUUAUUAUCCAUUAUAAGUGUUUAUUCUGGAGCAUAUUUUAAAA